AUGGGUCUGGGGGAUAAACCCUCUGCCCUACACCGAGAGCCUAAGCACCUCUCCCCAGGGGCACGCGGGUCCUUCCCAGGUCUCCCUGGCCCAGGCUCUGGGCAGGCCAAGGACAGAGACGGCUCUGCAGAGCUCACACAGCAGAAGCCCCUGGUAGGCUGCCUGACCGCGGUGCAGACGCUGGCCUGCAUCCUCAGACCCUGCUAUGGACCGUCGGGGCUGCAGAAGCUGCUGGUGACGGCGCGCGGGGAGCGCGUGUUCACCGACUGCUCGGCUGCCAUCCUGGGUGCGCUACAGCUCGAUCACCCCGCGGCGCUGCUGGUGCGAGAGGCCGCGCGGAGCCACGCGGAGCACAGCGGAGACGGUGCAGCCUUCGUGGUUCUGCUGACGGCCGCGCUGCUGGAGCAAGCCGAGCGGCUGCUUCGGGCCGGGGUGCAGCGAUCGCAGCUGCGCGAGGCCUAUGCGGCAGCUGCCGCGCACACGCAGGCUCUGAUGCCCGGCCUGGCGGUGCGCGCACUGGGGCCACUGGAGGACCCCUUCUGGGCGCUCCGCUCCGUGCUGGGCACGCACGUGCACGGCUACGCCGACCACCUGACCCGUCUGCUGACCCGCGCGUGCUGGGCCGCGCUGGACCUGGACGGCACCUUCGAGCCGGCCAGGGUGCGAGUGACCACGCUGCCUGGCGGCCGGCCCGAGGAGUCGUGCCUGCUCCCAGGCCUGGCCGUGGUGGGCAGGGCCUGCGGCCAGGUGCAGGACGUGCAGGGCGGCGCCUCCGUGGCGCUGCUGGCCUGCGAUUUCGGACCCGCCACCUCCCCCGGGGACUCCACCCUGCGCUUCUCCGGGUGCGCAGAGCUCGCCGGCUUCGAGAAAGGCCUGGAGAAGCUGGUAGAGAAGCACGUAGGCCAGCUGGCCGCGGCGCACGUCAACGUGCUGGUGGUGUGGGGUGCGGUGGACCCCAGGAUGCUGGUGCAGGCCGACCGACACCGCAUCAUGGUGAUCCAGGCCUCCUCCCGGCACGACCUGGUCCACCUGAGCCAGGCGCUGGGCACGCCCCCGCUGCCCUGCCUGGUCCCCCCGCCCAGGCCCGGCCUCUGCCAGCGCGUGUACCAGCUGGGCCUGGGGCACAGCACGGUGGCGGUGCUAGAAUGGGAGCUGCCCGAGGUGCCCAUGCUCACCCUGGUGCUACGCGGUCGCACCCAGGAUGGGAUGCGCAACGCCGAGCAGGCAGCACGCCAGGCGAUCCAGGCCUAUAAGGAGCUGAGCCACGACUCCAGGCUGCUGCCCGGCGCCGGGGCCCCCGAGAUGGCUCUGGCCCGAGCGCUCACGGAGAAAGGCCGCGCGCUGCCAGGCCCCGUCGGGCCUGCGUUCUUGAGUUUCGCCGCGGCCCUGCGCUCACUGCCGGAAGCCCUGGCCCACAACAGCGGUGCGGACGAGUCGCAGGUGAUGGCGGCCCUGCACACGGCGCAGCAGGCCGGGAACUACCUGGCGGGCGUGGGGAGCGAGGGGCCCAUCGACGCGGCGCAGGAAGGGGUGUGGGACGUGAUGGUCACCAAGGCGCAAGGCCUGCGGGUGGUCACGGACCUCACGCUGCAGCUGGUGACCAUCGAUGAGAUCGUGUUGGCCAAGACGUUGCCCCAGCAGGCGCUAAAAUGGGGCCCGGACUCUCAGGCAGAGCAUCAACCCUCCCCAACUUCGGCUGGGGAGAAGAGACCCCACAAGAAAACCCAAUAA